GAGAGAGAGAGAGAAAGUAAAGGAGGGGGGUGGGAUCCAAGGCUUAUCCUGCUAGCUGCAAACUUGAAGUCUUCAGCUCGCACUCCUGAGUUCUCCGCAACGCUGAAACUUCACAUAGAUCGGGAAGAAAGGAUUCCGAGAGUGGGAUCGAGAAGGGCGCGGGCGCACGGGUAGGACGGGUGGGGGUUGCCUGCAGAGCUCACAGCAUGGCAGUGCCGGGUGAGGCCGCCCAAGACCUGGCCAAGCCGGGCCUCGGAAGGGCGAGUCCCGCCCAGGUGGCCAGCUGGGACCACCACGGUCGUGGCGCGUCCCUUCCAUCCCCGCGGGGCUCGGGCUGCCGAGGUUGUUGGGGAGUCCAGGCGCUGCAGCCGCUAAGGCGCUCGCCGCAACUCUCCUCGGCGUUGUGCGCCGGCUCCCUGUCCGUGCUGCUGGCGCUGCUGGUGAGGCUGGUCGGCGGAGAAGUCGGAGGCAAGCUGGAGUCGAGUCAGGAGGCGGCGGCCGAGGAGGAGGAGGAGGAAGGAGCCCGAGGGGGCGUCUUCCCGGGCCCUCGGGGAGGUGCUCCCGGGGGCGGCGCGCAGCUCAGCCCUUGGCUGCAGCCGGCCGCGCUGCUCUUCAGUCUCCUGUGCGCCUUCUUCUGGAUGGGCUUGUGCCUGCUGCGCGCCGGGGUGCGCCUGCCUCUGGCCAUCGCGCUGUUGGCCGCCUGCUGCGCAGGGGAAGCGCUGGUGCAGCUCUCGCUGGGCGUGGGGGACGGUCGCCUGCUGUCGCUGCCCGCCGCGGGGGUCCUGCUCAGCUGCCUGGGUGGCGCGACAUGGCUGGUGCUGAGGCUGAGGCUGGGCGUCCUCAUGGUCGCCUUGACUAGCGCGCUCAGGACGGUGGCCCUGGUUUCCCUGGAGAGGUUCAAGGUCGCCUGGAGACCUUACCUGGCGUACUUGGCGGCCGUGUUGGGGCUGCUGCUGGCCAGGUACGCCGAGCAGAUCCUGCCGCAGUGCUCCGGGCCGGCUCCGCCCAGGGAGCGGUUUAGGUCCCAGCUGAGCGCGAGGACCAAGGAAGAGAUUCCGGGGUGGAAGAGGAGGAGGCGGUCCAGCUCCGUAGUGGCCGGCGAGAUGUCUGGCUGCAGCGGCAAGUCGCACCGGAGGACCUCCCUGCCCUGCAUACCCAGGGAGCAGCUUAUGGGUCAUUCAGAAUGGGACCACAAAAGAGGACCACGAGGAUCCCAGUCAGGAACCAGCAUCACUGUGGAUAUCGCCGUGAUGGGCGAGGCCCAUGGCCUCAUUACUGACCUCCUCGCAGACCCUUCUCUACCCCCAAACGUGUGCACAUCCCUGAGGGCCGUGAGCAACCUGCUCAGCACCCAGCUCACCUUCCAGGCCAUCCACAAGCCCAGAGUGAACCCCACUGUAACCUUCGGUGAGAACUAUACCUGCUCUGAUUCUGAGGAGGGCUUGGAGAAAGACAAACUGGCCAUUCCCAAGCGCCUGAGAAGAAGUCUGCCCCCAGGCUUGCUGAGAAGAGUCUCCUCGACUUGGACAACCACCACCUCUGCCACAGGUCUGCCCACCUUGGAGCCUGCACCAGUGCGGAGAGACCGCAGUGCCAGCAUAAAGCCUCACGAAGCACCUUCACCCAGUGCUCUCAAUCCCGACUCUUGGAAUACCCCAGUGUCGAUGACUCUCACCAAGAGCAGGUCCUUCACUUCAUCCUAUGCCAUCUCUGCAGCUAACCAUGUAAAAGCUAAAAAGCAAAACAGGCCAGGUGGCCUUGCUAAAAUUUCACCUGCACCCUCUCCCUCCUCCUCGCCUCCUCAAGGAUCGCCUGCCAGUAGUCCUGUUGGCAAUAUUACUUCAGCACAGUUUCCAGAAUCCUCUGAAAUAACUGCCAAGCGAGGCCCUGGAUCUCACAGGGCCUUAACUUACACCCAAAGUGCCCCUGACCUGUCCCCUCAGAUCCUGCCUCCACCUGUCAUAUGUAGCAGCUGUGGCAGACCUUAUUCACAAGGGAAUCCUCCUGAUGGACCUUCAGAGAGAAGUGGCUCAGCCAUUCAGAAACCAAACAGAACAGAUGACACUUUCCAAGUUACCUCCGAUUAUGAGACCAACAACAACAGUGACAGCAGUGACAUUUUGCAGAAUGAAGAGGAGGCCGAGUGCCAGAGAGAGCCACUGAGGAAAGCAUCGGCUUGUGGCACCUAUACUUCCCAGACCAUGAUCUUCCUGGACAAACCAAUUCUUGCUCCUGAACCCCUAGUCAUGGAUAACCUGGACUCAAUUAUGGAUCAGUUAAACACCUGGAAUUUUCCAAUUUUUGAUUUAGUGGAAAAUAUAGGAAGAAAAUGUGGCCGUAUUCUGAGCCAGGUAUCAUACAGACUGUUUGAAGACAUGGGCCUUUUUGAAGCCUUUAAAAUCCCGGUUAGGGAAUUUAUGAAUUACUUUCAUGCUUUGGAGAUUGGAUAUCGGGACAUUCCUUAUCAUAACAGAAUCCAUGCCACUGAUGUUUUACAUGCUGUGUGGUAUCUCACAACGCAACCAAUUCCUGGCCUCCCAAGCGUGAUUAGCGAUCAUGGAUCAGCAAGCGACUCUGAUUCUGACAGUGGAUUUACACACGGACACAUGGGAUAUGUGUUUUCAAAAAUGUAUCAUGUGCCAGAUGACAAAUACGGAUGUCUGUCUGGGAAUAUCCCCGCCUUAGAGUUGAUGGCUUUGUAUGUGGCUGCGGCCAUGCACGACUACGACCACCCAGGAAGGACCAAUGCUUUCCUGGUCGCCACCAGUGCUCCUCAGGCGGUGCUGUACAAUGACCGGUCAGUUCUGGAGAAUCAUCAUGCCGCUGCAGCAUGGAAUCUCUUUAUGUCUCGGCCAGAGUAUAACUUCUUAGGUAACCUAGACCACGUGGAAUUUAAACAUUUCCGAUUCCUAGUCAUUGAAGCAAUCUUGGCUACUGACCUGAAGAAACACUUUGACUUUGUAGCCAAAUUUAAUGCCAAGGUAAACGAUGAUGUUGGGAUAGAUUGGACCAAUGAAAAUGAUCGUCUCCUGGUAUGUCAAAUGUGUAUAAAGUUGGCUGACAUUAACGGGCCUGCUAAAUGUAAAGAACUCCACCUGAAGUGGACAGAGGGCAUCGCCAGUGAGUUUUAUGAGCAGGGUGAUGAAGAAGCCAGCCUCGGUUUGCCCAUAAGCCCCUUUAUGGACCGUUCUGCCCCACAGCUGGCCAACCUUCAAGAAUCCUUUAUUUCACACAUUGUGGGUCCUCUAUGCCACUCCUAUGACUCUGCAGGUCUCAUGCCAGGAAAAUGGGUGGAUGACAGUGAUGAUUCAGGAGACACUGAUGACCCAGAAGAAGAGGAGGAAGAAGCUGAAACACCAAAUGAGGAAGAAACCUGUGAAAAUAAUACAGCUCCCAGCAUUAGUCCUGGUGCUAACAGUAGACCUAUGGACAAAACAAAGAGAAAGAAAACUUUCAAAAGGAGGAAAAUCUACUGCCAAAUAACUCAGCACCUCCUGCAGAACCACACGAUGUGGAAGAAAGUGAUUGAGGAGGAACAGUGCUCAGCAGGCAUAGAGAACCAGUCUCUGGACCAGGCUCCUCUACAGCAUUCCUCAGAGCAGAUCCAGGCUAUCAAAGAGGAAGAGGAAGAGAAGGGGAAGCCAAGAGCAGAGGAGACCCUGGCUCCACAGCCAGACCUGUGACCAUGGGUAGAGCGAGCUGUUUGCAAACAGAAUGACUUGUCCCAGACACUUUCCAAGCCAGCACAACACUUAGACACAACACUGUAGAAUGCCAGAAGAUGGGCAAAUGGCUAAAGCGUUUGGGGAAUUCUUCACAUUUUGUGUGUUUACUUUUACAGUGAGGGACAGCGCUGAAGACUCUAGCUCAACGAAGCUUUCACUUUGCGACACCAGCGUCUAAGGAUCGUUUUAUAAGGAAGUUAUAUAUGUGUGUGUAUAAACUCCCACAUAGGCUCAUGUAAGACUUAUAGUCACGUGUAACACAUGCACACUGAGAGCCAGGAUGCCUGACUCCACAGGUAGUAACCGUCAUAUUAAGAUAUAUAGAGGUCACCGUGACAUAAGAAAUCAUAAAGGACAAGAACUCACGAGGAAAUGUGCAGCUUAGCAAGGAAACAAAUGUAGGCUUGAGACUGAAGAGCUUUUGUUCUCCCUAUUGAGGGAUGAACGUUCCAGAGCAUUGUUGGAAUUCUAAUGCAUCCUGCCAACUGUGUGUGUAAGUGUGUGUGUGUGUGUGUGUGUGUGUGUGUGUGUGUGUGUGUGUGUGUGUGAGAGAGAGAGAGAGAGAGAGAGAGAGAGAGACAGAGAGAGAGAGAGAGAGAGAGAGAGAGAUGUUUGUAUACCUGUGUGCGUGUGGAAAGGGAGAUGUUUGUGACUUUAGUUGUUCAUAGAAUAGCUGUAGCAGGUAAUAAAGUACAUGUGAACAUACAGAAGGAAGUCCUUUCUGGAGUGUCUGAAUGGCAGCCCUCCUCCAUUUAGCGUCCACAAAAGUUCUUUUGCAGAGGGAGGGCUUGUGUGGGCCACAUGAUUGGUACCACUGCUACUUGCCACUUGGAGGCGCUCUACCACCAGCCUCACACUCAAAAGACUGAGGCUUUCUGGUCUACUUGUCUAAUGAAUGUAUAUAUGUGAGGGUGUAUGUGAGUACAUGUCACUCACCUAUGAUCAAAUCGCCAUGGAAGGGGAUGGCGUUCAUUACUGGUGGAAACCCAAGAGGAGCUGGAGUCAGCUCUUCAUCAGGUAAGGGUUCUAAAAGGGUGCUGGGAAAGGCCCAGGAAAUUACCUUUAGUGAUGAUACCCUGUGUCUUCUCAAUUUGCUGCAAGAUAUGUUGUAGUAAAAAAGAAAGUCAACAAACUCACUAUGGGUUUUAUGACAAGAGAUGAAGGCAAAAUGCCAGCUUAGGGUUUGGAAGUUGCCUGGGGAAAGCUGACCCUUGGCAACUGUUGAAGAUUGUUUGCUCUGACAUCACCUAUUGUAGUCUUCCACACACUGUGUGAUGGCGUAGCAUGGCUUUGCAGACUUUUGGAAAGGAAGAUUAUGGGUGGUUGGUUAUUGAUUGUGGCUAGACCAUUGAAAGCUGUUUGGGUUGUUUUGUUUUGUUUUGUUUUCUACACUUGUUUAUGCUGUGAGCCAAACCUCUAUUUAAAAAGUUGAUACUCACUUUCAAUAUUUUAUUGGAUAUUAUUACAUAUGUCAUGACUAGUUACCUAGUUACCGUGAUGUAAAUAUAAAGACUUUUUUUUUGUAGAUAGUAAACUUUUUUUUAAGACAAAAAUGGGGAAAAGGGAAACAUUUUAUAGUUAUAUUUUAAUCACCAUUUUAUACAUUAUAACUAUCUCCAAGCCCAGUAGCUGGGUGAUGGUUCAUUGUGGAGUCUGAGGGUCACUGGCCAUCUGCCUACUCUAGUUUGAAGCAUGAUCUGAUACAGUUGUUUUGCUAUUAAGUAAAGGCAUUGCAAAGACAACAGUUUUUGCUAACUGACUAAAUCUGAGGACUUUCCCUCCCCAUGAAAGCCUUUCUUAACCAGCUUGUUAACAUUUCCCUCUGGACUCUUGCUCGUAGCUCCCGGUUCAGUUCUGUGUUCACAGACUUCUAGUCAUUUAGCCUCAAGACAUGUUCAUUGAUUUCUGCUCUUUCACAUAAUUGAUUGUUUACAUUAAAAAUCCCUUUGUCUCCCAUACAUGGGUAGCAUACCCUUCCCUUCAAAAGCAUGAUUUUAUGGUAAUUCACAGCAUUUUCUCAAAAUAGACAAAGAUGAAAUAAAAAAUCAAGUAUUUCAAGGUAGAUCUUCUAUUUAAUAUGACAGUGCAAAAAGGAUUAAAACGAUUAAGGCUUCAUCCAAACAAUUAGAACAUGUUUCAAUAUAUUUCUGAGUUAACACCAGGUCUUCAGCAUUUAGCAGGUCCUGAAUCAUUUCUUCUUUCUUUAUGGUGUCUGUGUGUCUCUGUUUAUAAAUCUACCCUGAAGCAAAGAACUUUCUUUGGUGAAUGCACCCUUCCCCCACAAUAAAAAUGAUAGACAAAGCAUUUACAUUCAUACCCUUCACAUCUGUUUAGUCAGUGCUCAUCCCCAUCUCCAAAUGGAUGCAUGUCUAUAACAUACAUAGUCAAACAAGCUACGCCUAGCGUAAGAGGAUUGGCAAAUCCCUUGUGAGUAUAUAUUGACAGUUUGAAUGAAGCCACAGAAUCAGAGUAUGUGCCAGGCUGGUUACAUUGUGUGUGUUGGGAGUGUCUCCGAAAUCUGCCUAGUUUUGCUUGUUUUAAGGUACAUGAAGUAACAGAACAAUGACCAAAGCAAUUUGAAUCUGUGUGUUCCAGAAUUGUACUCAUUCGUCCAGGCAGAGUAAAUUGUUUUCUUAGCAAACAAGUUGUUAUUCUACUCAAACCAAAAGUCAACAAACUGAAAAAGGUCGAGAUGUGCCAAGUGUGUAACCUAAAGAUCCACCUGAUAAAUCUCAAAGGCUAUCAAACAACAUCAAAAGUGUUUUCCAUGAAUGAUGUUGUCCAACUCCUUGGUGACAGCAGUAUUACUGAGUUCACAUCCAACUUCAGAGUUAACUUCCUGUGGUGCCAAUGUGUUAGAUGCGCUUUACUACAGUUUUAUAUGAGCCUAUACAGGUGCAAUUCGAUAAACUCAGGUUUCCUAGUGAAGGGUUUCUACUCACUUAGGGAAAGGAUAGUUUCAUAGACAGUCAUAACACAUGAAUGCCAGGAGAAAUUGGAACCAGUUGCUCUCUGUGGAGUAAAAGCCUAAGUGUAUUCUGCAUGUAAUCCAUGUCAUUUUCAGCAUACUAAUUGAAUGUCUUUAUGGUGAUGGAUGCCAGCUGACCUUUUGAAUGCUAUUUUCUUAGUAGAAACACCACUUUUGCUGUUUCGCUUAAUUGUUAAAAAAAAAAGUUGUUCUAAUUUAUGUAAGAGCUGGUUUUGUUCUCAGUAGGAGAUGAACUCAGUAGUUCUGUGUGUUUGCUAGUUGUCAUCACCUGGUGUUGAGAGAAUUGUCUCCUGUUUGAGAAAGUGUCAGCCCUCCACCCUCAUCAUAUCCUGUUUUGUCCUUUUUGGGUUUUACUCCAGAACAAACAUUAGCCAUUGCAGCCCCAGUAAUGCUAAGGAGAAGAACUGAAUGCCCUGCCAGCUGUUUAGUAGGUGUAUAUAUUUGCCAUUUUCCUGUGUCCUCUGCCUUUCUUUCCCAGAGAACUUUCUUGAAGGUAAAAGCUGUGCAAAAGGCAUGAGACUCAGGCCUAUUCUUUGUUUAAAUGAUGGAAAAGUAUAAAUUAUUUUCUAAGUAAUAAAGAUAUUAAAAUUAUCAUUGUAAAUAAAGUCUAAAGCUUGAAAUGACUUCUUUAUAAAAGUGAAGUAUUUGUGUGGUGAACAACUCCUUAACAAUGGGAAAUGAAUAAUCCAGAAGUCCUGUCUAUUCUGCUUUGGGACAUGCUCUUGGUGCUUCUGUGAAGCAGAGACCCUCACUGUCCUCUCUUAGGGUAGCUCUUAGAAGCAUAGUGAAAACCAUGAGGGGUUUGUCAGCCUUCUCUCCUUCUAAUCCUGAUUCCCAUUAGAUGCCUCUCUUGAUUUUUGUGCCAUUAGCAAUUAAACUACCUUUUUAACUGGCUGAAGGCUACAGUAACAGUUCUGUGACCUUCCACAGACUAAGUCAAGACACCUCUUGACUCUUUAGGUCCUAAUGUGUGUGUGUAAGGGGUGUGGAAACAAAAAUUUGCAUGUCAGUAGUUUAGCCCCAGAUAACUAAGUGCCGCAAUAAUCACGUGAAUUGAGGCUGAAGUCAUUUUGUGGCAUUAUCCCACCUCCUGAGCAAUGAAAUACUGCAUGAUCCUUGUUCUAGGUCAUUCAUUUCUUUCAUGAAUUUGUAAAGGGAAACUAUGGAUCUUAUUGGUAUUGAUAGGUUUUAAAAUUUAUCCAAGCAAAUUCAAACUGAAGAUAGAGAAAACAAUUCACCAUUUUAAACAGAAGAGAUCUCAGAAUUAAAUUAUUCUUAAAGUGUCUAAUCGAGGUUGAAAUCCAUGAAUUUGGGGUUCUGGGUCCUUAUCAUGUCAACUGGCCCUCCAGCAAAUGCCCAGACACUUAUUAAAAAUUAAAUUACAAGUAAAUUAAAUUAUUAGCAUGCACUAAACCAUACCCUUUGGUCUGGGUGGUUUGAAUCGCUCUUUUUAUGAAUAUUUGUAUCUCUCCCAUGAGGGAACCAUGAUUAGAGAAUAAGAACACACUAGUAUACAUUAUGCAGCAUGGAUACUAGUAAUCUAUGUCAUUACCUUAUAAAUUGCACAUACUGAAAGGAUGUUAAUUUUUACAUUACCUAAUACAGGUUUUUGCCUUACCUAAGAAUUGGUUUUUAUAUUCAUGCUAGUAAAUUACCCAAACAAUUGGUUAGAUGUAGUGGUGAAGAUGUUUGACCUUCUGUGUGUGAAUACUUUAAAUAUGUCUGCAGAUGCAAAAAAAAUGAGUUGGUGGGAUCCAAUCUGCUGCUUCAAAGGAUGAUAUUGAUCCUUGAGUUUUUAAUGUAGAAAAGACUAUUGGUACACAGGCUGAAGGCUCCACAUUUCUUAGCAUCAUGUGUUGGCAUCUUAGGUGUAUGCCCUCUGAAGUUGUGUGGCACACAGGGGACAGACAGCAUCCUCUUACAGAUAAAUAUUCAGUGUGGCCGUGUUCAGCCUAGACUCCUUGCUCUGCAUUAAGACAUGGCUUUUUAAUCAUGAAAACAAGCAAAAAAAAUGUUAAAUUUUUGUGGGACAAUACUGACAGAAGUACUACACUGAUUUGUUUUCUUGAACCACCACUCUUAUAAGGUUUUUUAAAUUAGAUUAAAAUUAAAUCCAUAAACCACUGCUUCUUGGUACCAAAAUGCUCAUAGUUUGGCAUAACUAAGACUAAUAUGCAAGAGAAAACUUGCAGGAUUUAAUGUUUUCCUAAUGCUCUCAAGAGAAAAUGCUUUAUAAAGGGAUCAAUAAGUACAUAAAUUCAAUAAAGUAAUUAGGAAUUUAAGUGUCCACUUGGCCACUCACACAGUCUAUAACUUCAGUUACAGGGGAUCUGAUACCCUCUUCUGGCCUCCCUAGGCACUGCCUAUGUAUUGUGAACAGACAUACAUGUAGGCAAAACACCCAUCUACAUAAAAUACAUUUGUACAAAACAUACCAAAGAAUUUAAGUGCCCAAGUUACAAUCUAAGUUCCUCUGAGUUACAACAAUGCACAAGAAAACAUUAGCCAGUAAUUUAUCACUAUACAUUAAAAAUGAUAAAUUAUCGAUUACCAUAGAUCUUAUUUACUCAAUUCUAAUAUAAUUAAAACUCAAAUUCUUUAACACUAUGAAAAUUAAGCAUUGUUAAUUUGGGCUCUCACAGAUGCAGAGCUGGCCUUGCGCUAACUGCCCCACUGUGCUCGUCUGCCAUUUUAAACCAGUUGGUAGGGAUCAGAGAGAAAAAAGAGUAGUUAGCAAAGAAAGUGUAAUCAGAAAUGUUCUUCUGUUGAAAAAAGGAAGGAAUGUUUUUAGUGCCAGGGUCUAAGUCACCUCCACCCCAUUUCCAUAAUGAAACUUUUGGUACAAAGAAGCAGGUAACAGCAGAAUCAAGGACCACAUAAAACCCUGGAUACACAGCCAGACCCCUGUCCAAAAUUCUCCCAAGUCAACUUAGUUAUUUGCUCUGGAGUGAAAUGACCUUGUGGAUCCAUGAUUCCUCCCUGGCUUUAUUUAACAUAACAAACACUUCUCAUUGCUGAGUGUGAAUCAUUGGAGAUCAGAGCGUUUGCUGCAGAGGAGGAACUUUGUCCCUGGUAAUUCCAUUCUCUUUAUAUAGCAAAAUAAUCAGACGUUAAUGUAAAAUCAAUAAUAACUAUUUUAACUUGUCGUCUUUAACUUGCUGGUGAAUAAGGGUCCUGUCACCUUGCUUUUAAAAUUUUCAAUUGGUUACGUUUUUAACUCUGAAAACUUCCAUUAUAUCAGAUGUUUCAUUAGCUAUUUAUAAACAUAUUCUAGAAUUAUGCUGUUGCUGUCAUUAAAAAAUAGCCCUAAUAUAUCUAUAUAUGAUAUGUUAAUGGAGGGCCUCAUUAACUUUUAAUAUAUAUUAUUCACCAAUCACUAAUUUUGAAUACUCUGUAAAAUAUUUGCAUGAGGUUUUUAUCAUAUUUGCUUGGUUUUUGCAUUUAUGAGUGUCAGUUAAUUGCAUAUAUUCCCACAAUAGGACAUAUAGCAUAUUUUUUUUUUUGCACCAGUAAAGUUGAUUUGUUAGCCAACAAGCACGGGAAACAUCUCUGAAUACACACAUCCCCUGGGACUCCUUCCUGGAGAUUUUUAUCCUGCCAAUCACGAAAUGAAAAUUGGUGCUUUUACACAUAUUAUGAGCCCUCGAUACAAAAUCAUGGAAAAAAAGAUUCUCUUUACCCUUCUGUAAUGAUGUUAGGAACUUUAAUCUGAAUCCAAUGGGUUUGCUUUGGGUAGACAUGGUCAAUUCGAAUUUUUUGUUCUUGUUGAAAAUGCAUUCUGAUUCCUGAUUGAGUAAUUGAUUUGAUCUAUGAUUGCUUCUCUGUGAAAAGAAAAAGACACUGAGUGAUUCUCUAUAGCAGAUUUUAAAUAUUCGACCCGGAGGGGGAUAGGAUUGAUUUAAUUUGGUGUUCCUAAAAAUGCCCAUUAUUUUCAAAUAACUAAAGUGAUAGUGGUGGGGAUAUCAUUUGUAAAUGACAGUUUUUAACAAUAUUUCUCUUACCACAUUCAGCCUGAAUGUGUUCAUUAAUUAGUAUCUUUGUAAAGUUUAUCCAUUUUUAGAAACACAAAAACUUGUUACCUAAGUGAUUGUUUUACAUUUGAAGUCAAUUUGAUCUUGUCACCUGUAUCUUGCACUUAAUGUAUGUAGCAAUAUUUAGUAUCAUUCCACCACAAGUAUUUGUAAAGUGACAUAGUUAAUGGCUGAUAAAAGUUUUGUAAUAAGUAGGAUCUGUAUAGAAAGAAAAUUAGAUAAAUUAUAUUUAUUUUUGGUUUUGUUUUUUAGCUUAGACACUAUAUUGAUACUCCUCCCUUUUUGCCAGAAUUACUGGAAGUGCCUCUUAGUUUUAUAUAUUUACAUACAUAUUCAAAAUUAUUAAAAUUGUGAUGAUCAAUAUGUAUGCCAUAAUGUAAAGAUGAUGUGUAAUACAAAAUUGAUUCUGUGGUAUCA